AUUUACCACUUAGUAAUUUUUUCAUUUCCUUGAUGGGGCAGCUCGUGAUUGAAUACAGACACUCCUCACUUAACGACCUACAUGUUUAACGACCGCCCAGACUUACAACCAGCUGUCCGACCAGUUGCCAUUGUAUAUUAGAGCUGAUAUCCUAUAUUCUGUUUAUUACAGUAUAUAGAACACUACUGCAUAAACAUUUAUAAAUAUACAAAAAAUGUUAUAAAUGGUGCAAAGGUGACAUUAAGAUAUCUAAAGAUGGUUGACACAAACCUAGUACCUGUUCAUUAUGCAUGCAAUAUCGGUAAGGGGCGCCUUGCUUAUCGACCAAUUCGCUUAACGACCUGAUCGUAGGAACUGAACUUGGUCGUUAAGUGAGGAGUGUUUAUGUACCAUAUUUUGUGUAUUAUUGCUUAACUCUCGUUUCUCUAUCGGCUCAUAAAAACAGCUCAAGUGCACCCCUUGGGAGAACAGCUAGUGGUCCCCAAAAAUUUGAGACCCUGAGCUGAAUGGUCUGGUUUAGCGUUUAAUAUGUAUUGGCUUGUUAAGGCCAAUCUGAUUGCCCUGCCAAGCAACACUUCAGCUAAGCUGGUUGGAUGUUUGCCAAAAACAAAGCAACACUGAAUUACAUUUUAAUUUACAACGUUAUUCGUUGAACUUUUCAUCCAUCCAUUUGUAGACUUCUGCAGUAAAUCAAUGAUACGGUGAAGGUCAGUUAAAAAACAGGAUAAGUACAAACUAAAAUGUAAGACAGGUGGCUUAAGAUUUUAAACGUCACCUUUUCACGUUUUUAUCUGGUUUGCCUAAAUAACGUAAUAGCCUACAAGUUGAAUGAUUUCAAAGUAUUAAAUUGGGUUAUUAAUAAACCGCUGCUAAACCAUGCACAUAGCAGAUCUAAGUUAAACUAAAGGACAAGCGGCCUCUAGUGGCGAAUAAAUGAUAUAUAAAGAGUCGCAGCCGGUGGGUUACAACUUUAACUGCGGACAGGGGACGCAGCAAUAGUUUGAGAAACCAUGUGACUAGCCGUUUAAACUCUAAAUUGCAGGUAAGAUAAACGGCACAUAAGAAACAUUAAAAAGAUUCAGCCUGGAAUACAAUUAACGAUAACUAUCAUUGAAAAAUAACUACAUAGUUUUGUGCCCGUCAACUUCGUGAUCUUAAAAAGGUGUAAUAUCCGGCUGUAAUAUCCAUUAUCUAUUUGUUUCAAUCUACUGUUUUAAUAACACAAUUACAAAAUAAAUUGGGACGCCCAUACAGAAAACGAAAUGAGCUCAUUUUUAUAUUUUUGUCUCUAUUAAAGAUAGGCUACUAUGGGAUGAUUGUCACUUAUAACAGGUCAGCUGCAGCUGAAAGUCAUCAACCUUUUUAAUUUCCCACCUUAACGAUCCUUGCUCCAAUAUGGCUUUUUAUCGGGGUAUUUGGGGUUAGAUAAGCAGAAGCAGAAUCCCUAGUGAUAGGGAUUUGGACAGUACCGGGUCUAUAUAGCAGGGAUUUUUUUUUUUCCACGUUUGGUUAUUUUUUUUUAACAAAAUGUUCGAUUCUUCUCACAUUUCCUUUUUGCUGUGGUUCGGGUUACACCAAAGUGGCGCAGCCAAAUUUCCAAAUUUGAAGAAUGAAGUGUUAUCAGCGACCGUGACAUUCUCCCAGAAUCGCAUCGUUUCAGAUGUAAGUGUCGGACCCCUGCCGUGUUCUUCCGGCAGGUCAAAAUAUGAAGAUCUGGCUGGGAGGCGGGUCUUUCUUCCGGAGGAAGAGGAGCCGGAGACCAGGAUUAUCGGGGGCCAGGAAGCAGAGCCUCACUCAUGGCCGUGGCAAGCAUGCCUGUACUAUUCCGACAUGGUAGCUUGUGGGGGAGCUAUUCUUGCCCCUGACUGGGUCAUCAGUGCUGCUCAUUGCUUCAUAAUGUACCGCACCCCACGACUUUGGAAAGUAAUGGCUGGUAAGCAUGACCUGACCGACAGCCAUGAGGAAUGUCAGCAGGUGUCCCAAGUCUCCAAAAUUGUCACCCAUGAGCAUUACAGUGAGAUCACAAAGGCCAAUGAUGUGGCCCUCGUCAAGCUAAAGGUUCCCCUGACUUUCACGAACUGUGUUGUCCCCAUUGACGUAACACAGCAGCCCCCAAGGCCCUCGAUGACCUGUACUGUGACUGGCUGGGGAUCAACAACAGAAUCUGGGCCUCAUGUAGAGAGGCUUCAGGAGGUUAAUGUGACUGUGAUGAGCCAAAGUGAAUGUGCCCAGUAUUACCCAGGCGAAGUGGAUUCCAGCAUGAUGUGUGCUGGGAAACCAAAGGGUGGAGCGGAUGCCUGCCAGGGGGACUCUGGUGGCCCGCUGUCCUGUUUCUGUGGCGAUAGGUAUGAGCUUGCGGGUGUGGUCAGCUGGGGCGUGGGGUGUGGCCGACCAAAGAAGCCAGGCGUGUACACAAACCUCACCAGAUACGUAAACUGGAUAAACUCUGUUAUGGAAGAUGAUGCAUUGCAGAUCCGAAGUAACACAAUGGAAACGCACACAGGAUCCUUGGUUCUAUGUGGACAGCCGGAAAUCCACCCCUGCUGGCAGAGCUCUGACUAUGCUCAGGUGGUGCAGGUUCAGCAUAAGCUAAGGGUGGAGAACAUACAGUCAGCCUGCCCCCACUCCUGGCCCUGGCAGGUCAGUCUGCAAGCUCAUGGGAGACACUAUUGCACUGGGACCCUGAUUCACCAUGACUGGGUGUUGGCAGCCUACCACUGCAACACCAGAGCCAAAACCGAUACUGUGGUGCUUGGGGUAGAUAAUCUGGAGAUCACAGAUGUCCAGGAGAUCCCUGUAAAAGCAGUUUACACCCUCUCCCAGAAUGACUACUCCCCUCCCAUCCACGAUGUGGCAUUGAUCCGGCUCCUCCGACCAGCUCGCAUUGGAGCGACGGUGGCCCCGGUUUGUUUGCCCAAUGCUAAUAUCAAGCUGAAUGACAGCUGGGAUUGUGCCACUGCAGGUUGGGGGACCACAAAAGUGGCCAUGUACAAGGACCCUGAAGUUCUGCACCAGGCCAGGCUGAGGCUGGUUGAUGAGAUGGCCUGCCACAGGAGAUGGGGCGAUGACCUUAAUGUUGAGCGGCACCUGUGUGCAAGUGCAGCUGGAUCGCAGUCCUGCAUGGGGAUCUCCGGCGCCCCCCUGCUUUGCCAGAAAAAUGGUACGUACUAUUUAUUUGGCCUGCUGACAUGGGGCAGCAGACACUGCGAUAGCAGCAGGCCGGCGGUUUACACGAAGCUGGCGGACUACCACUCAUGGAUUGGGGAGUUUGUAAAGGACCUCUGAGAGAGACGACGUGUUGGACAUUGGGAACUGUGUUCGGCUUCAAUAAACGUUUUGGUAUCAUGCUGUCAAGCAUGCGCUGUGAUCUCUAA